AUGGACCAGGAGCUCGCAGUUGCAGGAAGCCCUGCACUUACGCGAGGGGAAUUGGGUAAGCCGGCGAGUAAAAGUGGCCGUGCUCACCGGUCCGCCCCCUCAGGUUGGCCGUCGGGGAAUUGGGUAAGCCGGCGAGUAAAAGUGGCCGUGCUCACCGGUCCGCCUCCCCAGGUUGGCCCUCUGUUUUCCAUACGGGAGCCCAAGUAUCAGUCUUUCCUAUCGGUCGCAGCAAGCAACGAGCUACGACGCUUCGGCUAUGCGCUGCAAAUGGCACUCCCAUUCCUACCUUUGGAACAAGAUAACUCACGGUCAACCUGGGAGGGCAACGACGGUAUCCAUGGACGUUCAUUUUUUGUGAAUGUUUCCACUGGAAUACUGGGUAUAGACAUUUUGCAGUACUAUGAAUUGCUUGUCGAUUCACGUAGACUGCAGUUGAUCAACCCAAUAUCAAUAACCGAAUAUCAAAUUCACGGGUCUCAAAGCCCGAAUAAACGUGUACCGAAUCACGGGUCCAAUGCCUAG